ACGAGCAGAGGUCACACUCGAGUUCAGUCAGUCCUUCAGAUCACGCCUACCGCAGCUUCUGAGGAGGACAGGCGUCGCGUGUCUACUAACAGCCAUGGCUCUUGGAUGCUUUUUGUGGAUUUCAGGGAUUUGCUUUUUGCUGUUUAAUGGCAAUGUUGGUUUACCAGCCAUGAAAGGGUAUGGAUAUCCGUACAAUACUGACUCAAAAAACAUGGGUGACUAUGUGGAAGAUGAGGCGCUUAUGUCCUAUGACUGGCAGCCUUCCGAUGGCCAGCCGAGUGCCACUGCUUACACAAGCUACAACAAGCCUGCAGCUCUAUGGGAGCCGAUCUCGGUCGCAACUCAACAAACUGUGCCUAGUGCUCCUGCAGUAGAGAGCUUUGUUAAUAGUGAGUCAAGGGACUGGAGCCUGGAAAACCCCAACUCGCCACUCAUGUUUCCUUUAAGCCACAACUACAAGCCCAGUAACCCAGCAGGGCCUCAGCCAGGCCCCAACACUGACUCCAGUACACAAGGCGGGGGCUCCCAAUAUGUUCCCCAUCUUGUCUAUGAGGAAGUCUUUCAGUAUCCCUCAGAAAAUGCAGAGCAGUCCCCAAGUGAUGGUGUCUCUAAUACUGCAGGAGGGGCCGGUCAAGCUGGCUAUACGAGCACAGGGUCUUCUACUGAAUAUUCCUCAGAGCCCUCCUACCAAAUGUACCCGAGUAAUGCAGGAGCUCAACAGGUCGCUUCAUCUGCGACGGGAAGCUCAGCCCCUGCUCAAAUGAGUUACCAACCACAACCAGUCGCCAGCCCAAAGGAAGAAGUUCCAGUGGGAGUGAGUGAACCUAUUCUCCGCCCUCCUCCUCCACCACCAUCCUACAUUAUCAAGUACAAAGAUGGCUUUGUGAGAGUCCGUCACCUCUUAAACAAAUCCAGAUACUCUCCAGGAUUAGCCUCUGGGCCGGCAGUAAGACCAGCGCCUUCAAGGAGACAGGCGGCUGCCCCUGUGGCUGUGAAGAACCCUCAAAGAACACGCAUACAUGGAUAGUGUCCACAAAAGAACGACCUGUGCUCCAGAAAAUAAACUUUUUUAAAGUUCAACAA